GUACUUCACACAUUUCCUUAUGACGAUGAUGUACAAAUAACAUCUCUAUGAACAUCUAAACACACGCAUUGUUAUCUUAGUUAAUGAGUCAUUUGAUCAGUGUCUGUGAGGAUCAUUGUGUGUCAGCUCACAUCAGUAAAUGAAGCAGAUCCUCUGAGCUGGCUUUUGGAUAUAGAGAAAUACAUCAGACUGUCUACACUGACAAUGGUUUCCUCUCUUCAUAAAAGUUUUAUAAGAGCACUGACUAUCAUCUCUGUUAUAUCUGUUACUAACAUCAGCAGCACCAAUACAACAGUCACAACAGAGAUGACCUCAGCUGCUGAUACUGACAUCAUCAACACUGAUACAACAGUCAUGCCAGAGACGAGCCCAGCUGAUGUUCAAAGCAUUACCACCAACUCUACAACCGAUACACCAGUGAACAUCUCAACAGAACACAGUAGUUCAUCUAGUUCAACUUCUACAGCUCCUUUGCACACGAUCAUUUCAACAACAUCUACCAGUCCCACUACUACAGAUUAUUUACUGACAGUCAUUUCCACAACAUCUAGUAGUCCCACUACUACAGUUCCUUUACACACGGUCACUCCCACAAUGUCUGCCAGUCCUACUACUUCAGAACACAGUAGUUCAUCUAGUUCAACUUCUACAGCUCCUUUACACACGAUCACUUCAACAACAUCUACCAGUCCCACUACUACAGAUUAUUUACUGACAGUCAUUUCCACAACAUCUAGUAGUCCCACUACUACAGUUCCUUUACACACGGUCACUUCCACGACAUCUGCCCGUCCUACUACUUCAGCUCCUUUACACACGGUCACUUCCACAACAUCUGCCAGUCCCACUACUACAGAUCAUUUACAACUGUACAUGUCCACAACAUACAGUAUUUCUACUUCAACAGUCUCUUUACAGCCAGUCACUUCCACAACAUUUACUAGUUCUACUUCAACAGCUCCUUUACACAUGGUCACUUCCACAACAUCUACCAGUCCCACUACUACAGUUCAUUUACAACCAGUCACUUCCACAACAUCUACUAGAUCUACUUCAGCUCCUUUACACACGGUCACUUCCACAACAUCUACCAGUCCCACUACUACAGUUCUUUUACAACCAGUCCCUUCCACAACAUCUACUAGUUCUACUUCAACAGUUUCUUCACAGCCAGUUACUUCCAUAGCAUCUACUAGUUCAACUUCCACAGCUCCUUUACACACGGUCACUUCCACAACAUCUGUCAGUCCCACUACAACAGUUCAUUUACAACCAGUCACUUCCACAACAUCUACUAGAUCUACUUCAGCAGUCUCUUUACAGCCAGUCACGUCCACAACAUUUGCUAGUUCUACUUCAACAGGUCUGAACAUCCCGCCGCUAGAAGAAUGCAGACUGGUUUAUGAUUUCAGACCACAGGACGGUGUGUAG